UAUACGUCUGACCGAUUAUCAGCUUUGAUUGAUUAAUCGCCACUGUAUUUUGAGAUCUUCACUUGAGAUAAUACAAACAUGGCUACGAAGGUGUUGCUCAUUGGAGCAACCGGAGAGACUGGCCGAUCCAUUGCGAACGGGCUACUUAAUGCAGGCGGAUUUGAAGUCUACGCAUUCACCAGAGCCGCGUCCGUCCACAAACCGCAACUCCUCGACCUCGAAAAGAAAGGCGUCAUAAUCCGCCAAUGCGAUCUGACAGCGCCCAAGGAAGAACUAGCCGAGGCCCUGAAGGGAAUCGAUAUAGUCGUCAGCAGUGUCGGGCCGUCCGAUCAGCAUAUCCAGCACAAUAUCGCGACGGCAGCAAAGGUUGCGGGUGUCAAGCGAUUUAUUCCAUGUGGAUUCAUCACGAUCUGCGCGCCGGGGGGGAUUAUGUGGUUGCGCGAUGAGAAGGAAAAAGUAUACAAUCACAUUAAACAAAUCAAACUGCCCUACACCAUCAUCGACAUUGGCUGGUGGUACCAAAUCGCAACUCCACGCCUACCAUCCGGCAAAAUAGACUAUGCCAUGACGACCUCCAACGACGAAUUGAUUGGCGACGGCAGGACGCCCAGUUCAUUCACUGAUUUGCGCGACAUUGGGAAAUACGUUGCCAAGAUCAUUGUUGAUCCUCGUACAGAGAACAAGAUGGUCUUUGCGUAUAAUGUGGUGAUGUCGCCGGCAGAGAUUUUUGAUACGGUUGAGAGAUUGAGCGGUGAGAAGGUUGAGCGGAGAUACGUACGUCCGUUCCCUCCCUCCCUUGCAAAAGGGGGGGGGGAAAGAAGAAAAGAAAAGAGGAAAAAAAAUCUUUCAUACUGACAAAGGAUAGAUCCCCGAAGAAACCGUCCACAAACGAGUCGCUGAAACCCGGGCCUCAAGCGAAACAUACCCCUUUGAACCGACCAAAUUCACCGCUCGAUUCGUUGCCGAAUAUCAACUGUCGUGGGGUAUUCGAGGCGACAACGUACCUGAAUAUGCAAAGUAUUUGGGCUAUCUAGAUGCAAAGGAGUUGUAUCCGGAUUUUAAGCCGAUUUUGUUUGAGGAGUAUGUUCAGGAGUUAUUACAUGGGACUGCGACGGGGGUGUAUACGGAUCGGAUUUCGAGGAUUUAUUAAUCCCCAAAACUUUUUAAGAGCGAGUGUGGAAGAAUGUGGAAGAAUGGUUAUGGUCUUUAUCGUUUUGUUGCAUUGGAAGCUAGCUGGCUUUGCUUCCACCUAGGUGCGGACGGAGAGGUGAGAUAGAUAUUAUACAUGGAUGAAGCUUUUCGUUAUGCCGGCCGGGGGGGUUGGUAUACGUGUGUACGUUUGAUUAGACGACUCUAGUACUUGGCAGAUAAUUACCUAAGGUUCCAGUCAUUACUACACUCUACGCAACAAAAUACAUAGCAAUAAUUUCAUUCACAUCAUAUGCUGCAGUAGCGUAUCGUAUCUACCAUCGCUGAGGACGAUCAUAAUCAGGAUGCCACUGAUCCUGUCCACCGUAGUGCUGAUCAUACAGACCCUGCACGUUCUCCUCCGCAUGACGCUUGGCCUGGAUUCUGUCGUAUUCAUCGAGACCCUUUGUUUCGACGAGCUUGUCGACUUCGGCGC